AUGGAAGAGAAAAAGAAAAAGUUUAUGGAAGACCUGAAGAAGAAUCUGAAGAAGAAGGCUGAUGAAGUUUCUAUCUUUGAAGAAAAACUUGAUCGCAUUUGGCAUAAAUACAACAUGCCAAUCUUUGCAAUCGAAGAUGGUGGUUUCCUGCAGUAUGCACAGUAUGAAGAUCAUCCACAAGAAGAUCCUUGUCAUAAGAUUUUGAAGAGCCCCAAGUGUCAGAUAAUCAACUCCGUAGCUGUAAUGAGAGCCUCAACGCUCUAG